GAGAUAAUGGUCGCAAUAACUUAUCAUGUGAAUUUCAUGAAUGUAGUGGACUUGAUUGAGAGAGAUAUUUUAAAACUUCAUAGGAUUAAUUUGAUGAAAUUAAAGAAAUGGUAAAAGUAAAAAUUGUUAAAACCCAUUUUAAAAGCAGCGUUUGUUUGAAUUUAUGGAGUAGUUGGUUUGGGGUUAUUGUACGCACCACUAAGCCUCCACUCCACUGCACCCCUGUGAAAUGCGAGAAGAUACUUGGAAGGGUUUUGAAAAUUUCUAAAUGACGAAACUACCCUUUUGGACAUUGACUAAAAGGGUUAUUACUUGCCGGAUAAAAUAAACCACACUGGCCCAUCGAUUCAAAAUUGCACGGAAUUUGAUAAAAAAAUUUCAAAUUCACAGCAAAACCCCAAUUCAACUCAAUUCAAUUUUCCUUCGUCUUCUUCUUCUCUUGCUCUGUGUUCUUGAGCUGAACAAGGUGAAUUUCAAUCUCCCCAACCUUUCCAUUUUUCCAAAAAAGCCCUCACCCCUAUCUCAAAAUGCCCAACUUCGACCCUUCCACAUAGCCGCCACCAACCCCCACCACACACCGUCGAUCUCCGAUUCUCGCAGCGAAAAAUGAUCGUUCGCACCUACGGUCGCCGCAACAGAACCAUUUCCAGAACGUGCUCUGCUUCUUCCCUAAACGACGACGUUUCGGAGCCCUUUGUGAGAGACUCCCUCUCCCAAGAAAGCGACCCUCUCUGCGGCUUUGCGUUCUCGUCGCAAGAUUCGUCCUCGCAUUGGUCCCUCUUCGAUUCCGAGCCGAGCGCGAUCGACGAUUUGUGUGGCGGCGGAAGGGAGUCCAAGAGGUCGCGGCGCACGGCGGAGAAGAAGGCGGCGAACGGGAGGCUCUCGAUUCCGGCGACGUCGACACUGAUGGAGGCUCAAGAGUUUGGGGAGAUGAUGGAGCAUGUGGAUGAGGUCAAUUUCGCACUCGAUGGGCUUCGGAAGGGUCAGCCUCUGCGGAUCAGAAGGACUAGCUUGUCGUCGCUCUUGUCCAUUUGUGCCACCACACACCAGAGAAGGCUUCUAAGGACUCAAGGGAUGGCAAGGACAAUAAUUGAUGCUAUUUUGGGCCUCAGCCUUGAUGAUUCUGCCAGCAAUCUUGCAGCUGCAACCCUUUUCUACAUUUUGACCAGUGAUGGUCAAGAUGAUCACCUCCUUGAAUCACCUGGUUCUGUUCAAUUUCUAAUCAAGUUGUUAAAACCAAUUGUCUCCACAGCUACUAAAGACAAAGCACCAAAAUUUGGCUCUAAACUUUUAUCAUUGCGUCAGAGUGAUAGCAUGCAAAAGAAUACGACAGGAAGAUUGGACUCCAGUUCUGUUGCAGUAUUUUCUAGAGUUCAAGAAAUUCUAGUAAAUUGCAAAGAAUUAAAAACAUGUCAGAAUGAUGGUGGGGUGGAGAGGCCAGAAUUAUGCCCAAAAUGGUUAGCAUUGCUGACUAUGGAGAAGGCUUGUUUAUCUGCCAUUUCUCUUGAUGAAACCACUGGGGCUGUGCGGAAGGCUGGUGGAAAUUUUAAGGAAAAACUAAGGGAGUAUGGAGGACUUGAUGCAGUCUUUGAAGUCACUCUGAAUUGCCAUUCAGAUUUGGAGAAUUGGAUGGAGAAUAAAUCUCUGUCAACCAAAGAUUCGAGAAAUGACAAACGUCUGAAGAGCCUAACCCUGCUUCUCAAAUGCCUGAAGAUAAUGGAAAAUGCUACUUUCCUAAGCAAAGACAAUCAGACUCAUUUGCUUGGAAUGAAAGGAAAGUUGAGUCCGCAGGCAACCCCAUUUUCUUUUACAGAGCUGAUUAUAACUGUCAUAAAGAUCCUCUCAGAUCUAUGUUUACGCCGGAGUGCUUCUGUUGCAUCAAAUGAUAACAAGCCUUAUGAUUCUUUCUCUAUGAUCAGUCAUGAUUCUGAAUUGGAUCAGCUCAGAAACUAUAAAGAGAGUGAGACUUUAUCUGUCAGUUCCAGCAGAAAGUACUGUGGAGCAGAGAGAGCCUCUUCCAUUAAGAGUUCUAAGGCUUCUCAGACCAGCCGACUGUUGAGUUGUUCUCAGUUGGAAAAUUCGCUAUCCAUUUCUGAAACUCCAAGCACUUCAACUACUGAUGCAUUUUCGCUAAAGAUGAGGGUCAGUUCUUCCACUUCUGGGUCUUGUGGUGCAUCGAAGAGUGCAUACUGUAAAACCUCCAUGAUCCAAAAUAGUUCUAGGAAGAAUGUUCGCUUUAUGGAAGGUACCCCGCUUGUAACCUUGGAUGAUAGCCAAGAUCCCUUUGCAUUUGAUGAGGAUGACAUUGCACCCUCUAAAUGGGACCUAUUAUCAGGAAAGCAAAAAAAAUCUUGCGCUAAAAAACAUGAGGUAGAGAUCAGAGAGUUUGAAAAUGAAUGUCAAUCUCAGACCAAUGUGAGCCAACAAGAAUUAAGCAAUGGGGACAUCAAUUUUUCCAGUUCUGAUGUUGGCAAUGAAGAAGAUUCCAGCCUUCUAACUGAUUGCCUUCUUACUGCUGUUAAGGUUCUGAUGAAUUUGACUAAUGACAACCCUGUCGGCUGUCAGCAAAUUGCUACCUAUGGAGGACUGGAGACUAUGUCUAUGUUGAUUGCUGGUCAUUUCCCUUCUUUCAGCUCAUCGUUGCCCUUCACACAGAUAGAUGAAAAUGCUUCUAGAACUGAAAAAGACUGUCAAUAUGAUAGGCAUCUGACUGAUCAUGAGUUAGAUUUUCUGGUUGCUAUUCUGGGCCUGCUCGUAAACCUGGUUGAGAAGGACGGUCGUAACAGAUCAAGGCUUGCAGCAGCCAGUGUUCUGCUACCUUCCUCAGAUGGCUUCGUCCAGGAGGUUCGGAGGGAUGUCAUUCAAUUAUUAUGCUCUAUUUUCUUGGCUAACCAGGGUGAAAGUGAGGGAGCUGGGGAAGAUAAACAUUCGCUACUGAAUGAUGAGGCAGCUGUUCUACAAGGUGAAAAAGAAGCUGAGAAAAUGAUUGUGGAAGCUUAUUCUGCACUGCUUCUAGCAUUUCUUUCCACUGAAAGCAAGAGCAUUCGCACAGCAAUUGCUGACAAUCUUCCAGAUCACAACUUAGCAAGUCUUGUACCUGUGCUGGAAAGAUUUGUGGAAUUUCAUCUGUCUUUAAACAUGAUUUCACCGGAGACUCAUAAAGCUGUUAGUGAGGUCAUUGAAUCAUGUAGAAUUCGAUGAAAGCUCAAAAGGAAACUCUGUACAGCCACAGCUUAAAUUAGGGUUUGUUGUUAUUCUGGAGGAAUGAGACUCACUUCAUUACACCGAGUCUGACCAACUUUUAUUCUGUUCUCAGCGCUUAUACCCUUAUUUUUAUAUCACCAUGCUGGUGAUGCUGAGUUGCUUGUAUACAAAAAUCAAUAGUGGAAUACGUUCCUAGCAUAGUUUGUGUGUAAUCAAUAGUGGUAAUUUUUUUCCCAAUAUUUUUGUUUAUUCAUUCAUUUUCUUGUAUCAGAAGCUUAUAUCUUUUGUUUGAAGCGCCCAUGUCCUUUUGUUUCUCCAUCUUUUCAGCAACUUGAUACCAGCUAAAGCUGGAUUAGCCUUAUAUUUAAUUUUAAUACUAGUGGAGAUUUGUGAU